UUAAGGAAUGAACAACCCAGCUGCUACAUGCUCUCGCUCUCUCUCUCUGUCUCUCCAUUAGCUCUCUUCUGGCGCAAUCCCGUUUCGUGAGGGAGGGUUGACCCGCUGUAUAUAUUCCUACUUCGUUCUUAUAGAUUUAUAGAGAGAGAGAGAGGAGGGAGUCCAUACUCCUUAGGUGGUAAUUUAGAGAGAGAGAGAGAGAGAGAGAGAGAGGAGGGAGGUCCAUACUCCUUAGGUGGUAAUUUAGUAGGGAGAGAGAGCUAGGUAGCACUGAGAGAAGAGAGGAGAGAGCGUGGGCGAAGUUAGUAGAGAGAGAGAGAGGGAGGGGGGGAGGGAAUGGGUAGGAAGAAUGGUGUAUUGGGAAUUGGAGGAAGCAAUGGAGUUUGUUUGUCUCGGAGGACACUUGUGGCACUUGGGUUGGGUCAGUUUUUGUCUCUGUUGAUCACUUCCACUGGUUUUUCUUCCUCACAGCUUUCCCGCAGAGGGAUCAAUGCACCGACUUCACAGUCUUUUCUUAAUUACGUACUUUUGGCCGUUGUUUAUGGAGGUAUCAUGAUUCAUCGCCAGAGAGGACUGCUGGCAAAAUGGUAUUACUACCUUAUGCUGGCUGUAGUUGAUGUCGAAGCUAAUUAUCUUGUGGUGAAGGCCUACCAAUAUACAUCAAUAACAAGUGUUAUGCUGUUGGAUUGCUGGACUAUUCCAUGUGUUAUAUUUCUCACUUGGAUGUUCUUGAAGACAAAAUAUAGAUAUAAGAAGUUACUUGGUGUUGCUAUAUGUGUUGGUGGACUUGUUUUGGUCAUAUUUUCAGAUGUCCAUGCAGGUGAUAGAGCAGGAGGAAGCCACCCUGUGAAAGGAGACAUGCUUGUGAUUGGAGGCUCUAUGCUUUAUGCAAUUAGUAAUGUUGGCGAGGAGUUUUUCGUGAAGAACAUCGAUAGAGUUGAACUCAUGGCAAUGUUGGGUACCUUUGGAGCUGUUGUCAGUGCUUGCCAAAUAAGUAUACUUGAGCGUCAAGAGCUUCAAUCAAUUAAGUGGACAGCUGCUGCUGUGCUUCCUUUCUUGGGGUUCUCUCUGGCGAUGUUCUUGUUUUACUCAUCGGUUCCUCUCUUGCUUAAGAUUAGUGGUGCAACCAUGCUCAACCUCUCUCUUCUGACCUCAGACAUGUGGGCAGUUGUCAUUCGCAUCUUUGCAUAUAAUGAGAAGGUUGACUGGUUGUAUUUUGUAGCUUUCGGAGCUGUUGCCGUUGGGCUAUUAAUAUAUUCGUGGGAAUCCAAGAAGGAUGAGACCUUAGGAGAGGUUAAUGAAGCUGCAAUAGAGGAUGAGGAGGCCAGGAUAGAGAACUUGGAUCAAGGAGGAGUAACACCGACAGUUGCAAGGAGAGGCCCGUAUCAUGCGCUUGUAAUGGAGCAGUCGUAAUGGUGCAGCCAUUAGAAGACAGCGUCGCAAUGCUACAAAGCUGUCAUCAUAUUUGCUGCAUCACCCUUGCUCUUUUUUUUUAAUUUAUUAUUAUUAUUAUUAUUGUUCAGUUGGUGUUCAUAGGAAAGAGUUAGGGUUAACAAUAUAUUUAUUUAGAAUAAUUACCUCAACAAUCUGGCCAGUUUUUGCAAUAAAGGUUGAUUGUCUCAGUGAAA